AUGGAACAGCAUUCAAACGAAACGGCUGAAGAAGCCAUCAAUAUGCUUUUACAGGUGCCUAGACCACCCGAAGGCUAUUGUUAUUCAAAUCGACAACAACUGGAACAAUUUGAAUAUUUUCGGGAUGGUGAAGAUGAAAAGAUGCCAAACUUGGAAGUAGAUUUGUACGAUGUAGCCUUAGUUGCUGUUCGAUGGUGGACCGUUUGGGAUAUGGAAUGUUGUCACUUAUUCAAAGAUAUUUCUAUUACGUCUAACGCUGUGGAAGGGAUUAAUUUGGUGUUUAAAGAGUUGACGAACUGGAAAACAAUUUCGGUCGAUCGCCUUUUAUUAUUGAUGAACUUCCUUCAAGGAUUUUAUUCGAAUGAAGUUUGCCGUGGGUUUUGUGGCAUUGGUGGCUAUAGUUUGAAACCUGGAUAUGCUCGUUUUCAAAUGGAUGUGUGUACACUGAGGUUGCUCGAAGAUUAUACACCAGAAGUUGUGUUACAACGUGUACGAGAUUUGGAUUUAACAACAGAGACGAAUGAUUUGUUUCCAGCUAGACAAAUUCCAUUAACAAGUGUUCAACUGUCGGAAGCGUUCAUCAAUGUGGAUCAAGUGGAAUUAACCAAAAGUGGUGUUUACGUUGUGUCACAACGAGAUCAUAAUACCAAAAUGGUGACACUAUUAGAGAAGGGUUUAUACAACUGCUCUUGUGGAUAUUUUCAAAAGUGUAAUAAACACAGUGAUUGUAUACAUAUUAUAGCAGUCAAACGGCGUAUGAAUUUAUCGUUGAAACAACCAACAUCAGCACCAACUAUCGCCUCAGUUCGACGAGGCUACAGAGCCGAGCUGGGUGUUGGUAGAACGGGAAACAAACAACCUACAGUGUUGGACAAAGAAAAUGAUGAUGAAGAAAAAAAAGAACCAUCCAAAUCAAGGAAAGAGAAAAAAGAAUCUACACGAAAGCGUACAAAAUCUACAAGGACGGCUACCAAUGAUGACAUUCAGGAAGCUCUGCCUCCGACAAAGGUAAGAAGAUUUUUUUAAUAGUCUUUAUCAUUUUUGUUUUUGAAUAAGUCAGCUGAAGGGCAAUUAUGAUGACAUCUCUUACACUGCUGACUCGGCUCCUGUGCUAGCCAGGUCGACUUUGUCAAGUGAAAUACAUGAGUAACUUAAUAAUUUUGCGUUAACUAACUCGACCUGAUUAACGCUAAAAUUAUUCUGACUUUUAUUUAUUCAGCUAAAUCUUGUUUCCUCUUUAGCUUAGGUGACUUAGAGAAAGGAUUUUACUUGACAGUUUCAUACUAUAUUUUUUGCUUUUUCUGUGCCACCAUGAAAACAACUCAUCGUGAUUAUUAUUCUGUUUGUUUUAGAGAAAAGCCUUAUGUGACUCCACCAAUCAACUCACUGCUGAAAAACAAUGAAGAAAAAUAUAAUAGAAAGAUCAAAUAUAGUUCAAUAUGUUCAAUCUGACCACUAUCUAUCCCAAAAUAUAAUGCUGUCGGUUGUUCACAAAAACAAUAAAAGAUAGAGACAUGCGGUUUUCAGCAAUCGAAAGACGAUAGUUCAAGCUAUAUUUUAACAACAAAAUCAUCUUUCGAA